AGUUACUCUGAAAGUCUUAAGUCCGCUGCACUUGAUCGAAAUAUGAAAUUUCCUAUCGUCUUUGUCGCAAUCGUCGCAGUCGCAAUGGCAUCAUCUGUUCAAGAAGAAACCAUCACAAACGAAUCACAAGUUUCACCCGAGGGCUACACAUUCAACGUGGCAACAAAUAAUGGAUUUGAACAUAGUGCAGAAGGUAAAAUUGAAAAUGAGAACACAGAGCAUGGAAGUCUCGCUGUUCACGGACAUUUCAAAUAUGUUGGUGACGAUGGAGUGACCUACGAAGUCAGAUACAUUGCCGAUGAGAACGGUUUCCAGCCCAUCGGCGCUCACAUUCCCCAACCUUUAGAUGAUUAGGUGUUUGAAUAAAUUUACUAUAUUUCAUUCAUUAUUUUCGAAUUUCAUGUUUUAUUUAAAGUCGGGUAUAACAUCAAGUACGAUAAAUGUUCAAGUAAUGUUUUUUGUUGUAAAUUUUUUGACCACAAAAAUGUAUAUACUAUAUAUACUAUGUACUAUGUAUAUGCUAUACAUAUAUACUCAAGAAAAUACUUGAUAAAGAUAAUCGAAAAUCUCGCACUUUAAUCUAAAUUCUUGUAUACUACAAACAUUCUUUAUGAAGUGAUAUAGCAGAGAUAAUCUAUUUUAAUUUAUGAAUCUUCGUCGAGCUUCUAUUUAUAGUAGUUCUUGCUAAUAUUAGAAAGUUCAUUGACUCAAUAAAAGUGAAUAGGCGAAUAUCAUAUUAUUCGUAUGGUUAAAACAUAAACACCCACUUAACUACUGUAUUAUUAAUGGAUUAUUAAAGCUAAUACGAGUGAAUACUUUUAUUCGAAUUUAAGAUAACUAAGACUGCAGUAUGUUAAAUA